AUGCACAAAAAAAGCUCCUAUUAUGCACUUGCUUCGGAAUUAUAUUAUAGUUUCCCCCCUUGCCGAGUUGCAGUGUUUGGGAAAAUGCGUCCACUAGAAUGGCAGCUACUAACGUGGCUUGGAAAUGUUUACAUGCACAUUGGGAAAAUUCAGGAAACCGACAAAAGCUCGAACUGUGGGGACCAACGAGAAGCGAAAAAAUUGAAACACCAAAAUGAGCAGCGAGUUGAGAAAACACCCAACCCAGUUGGUUCCAAAUCGAGUAAAGCGGAAAGGAUUGACACGCGUAAACAAUCGGGAACUUGUCCAGACAUCUUGAGGAGAGGCCGAAAAUUUGCGGACAAAGAAAUGAUGUUGAGUUUAAUUGAUCAGCUUGGUGUAAGGGAAGAUGAACGGGUUACCAAAAAAUUGCAGCGACAGAAACAGGUCGAACAGAGAUUAGAGAGACGCCGUAUUAAACAACAGGAAAAGAAAUCAGCUCGCAGGGAAAGGAUCGAAAAAGUCAAGAAGGUUCUCAGGAACAAAAAAAGACCGAAAAAGGAAACCGAGAAAUUGGAAACAAAAUAA